CUGUUUAGAAUUUCUGCCUUUGUGGUCCAAAUAUCUCUCUUCUCAGUCCUUCCCAAAAUGGCAUCAGCCUACACACCCGACCAACUAACCCUCUACGAACAACACGUCUCCCUCCCCUCCCACUUCCAUCACAUGCACAACCCCCCUCCACCACUCAACAUCUCCUACCUCACCGUUCUGCACAUCCACCAAAUCUCCAGCUGUCCCUACGAGAAUCUCCAAUUACACUACUCAGCCAGUCACGCCGUCUCGCUAGACCCCCAAGUACUGUUCAAGAAGAUAGUUACUGAUAAGCGAGGGAGAGGCGGGUACUGUAUGGAGAAUGCGAUUUUCUUCCAUCAUGUGCUGAGAGGGUUGGGGUUCAAGGUUUAUUUGGCGGGUGUGAGGAUUAGAUUGAGGGAAGGGGGUGUGCCGAAGGGGAAUUAUGUUGGGUGGUGAGUCUUUUGGGGUUGUUUGUUUACACUCUCGCGGUCCACAUAAUCAACAUCGUCACGCUCCCCACCGGCUCAAAAUACAUCUCGACGUCUCCUUCGGCGGCGACGGCCCAACCCUCCCCCUCCCGCUCAUUUCCGGCCUCACACACACCAACCUUGGCACACAAGAAAUUCGACUCCUCCACUCCACUAUCCCGCAACAACUCGACCAGUCUAAACUGCUCUGGAUCUAUCAGUACCGGAACUCGCCUAUGCAGGAAUGGAACUCGUUUUAUGCGUUUCCGGAGACGGAGUUUACGGAGGAGGAUUUCAAGGUCAUGAAUCAUUGGACGAGUACGAGUAUGGCGAAGACGAAUUUUCAGACGAGGAGGGUGCUGGUGGUUAGGUUUCUGAGGGGGG